AUCAAGCUUCCUGUGCUGAUGUUGGGGCAUUCAUCAGACCUGAGGCCUGGGGAGUUUGUGGUGGCCAUCGGAAGCCCCUUCUCCCUCCAGAACACAGUUACCACAGGGAUAGUCAGCACAACCCAACGAGGGGGCAAGGAGCUGGGCCUACGCAACUCUGAAAUGGAAUACAUUCAGACAGACGCUAUUAUCAAUGUGAGUCUGUGAACACAUGCACACACACACACACACACACACACACACACACAUCCCAAAGGAUUGUGAACUGAGAACUGAAGUGAUGUCCUUUUCUGUUUACAGUAUGGUAAUUCAGGAGGCCCUCUGGUGAAUCUGGUGAGAAUACUGUUUGUUUAUUGACAGUGAAACAGUAGUUCUACAUCUCUAAUAGAAGGCAGACAAUGUGUCUGCAUGAUGGCACAUUGUAGUUUGAAACUGUAUGCAAAUGUGUGAUUGUGUGUAGGAGUGUUACGGUGUUAUUAGUGUGUCACUAUGUAUGAUUAUGAAUGAUUUUGGUUAAUGUGGUUUUCAUACACUACAUUGACUGUAUUGUAUAUUGUUGUUGGAUGACUGUAUUAUUGACUUCAUUAUUGACUGUGUUAUUGUAGGAUGGUGAGGUGAUUGGGAUCAACACUCUGAAAGUGACAGCUGGUAUCUCCUUCGCCAUCCCCUCUGAUAAGAUCCGAGAGUUCCUGACUGAAUCCUACAACAGACAGUCCCGAGGUAGGACGUUUUAUCCCUAUGGUCAUCCUGGGUGUAACAUCUAAAUAUAUCCCCCUAGUGUAUGGUCCUGUUUACACUCUUAGCCACAUAUUUUGAGGAUAACCAUAAACACUUACAGACAUUUUGAUUCAGACCCCGUUAUGACUAAGCUUAUCCCAUGGCUCACAUCAACACCAUCAUCCCAGACAAUCCAAUUCGUAUACAGCCCCAAACGAUCCACAGAUGACCAAUCUCUAUUGCACUCCACACCAUGGGCGUUUCUAGGAUUUGAAGACAUUCGGGGCUUAGCCCAAAGCCAGUAGGGGGGUCCAGCGGCAUUCUGCCCCGGCCCCCCAAGAAAAUAACUUCAACAGCUAAAUGCAUGAAUUUGGUGCAUUUUGACACGAACACAGAGAUUAGAACAUUGAGAGAUUAGAAAAUGUUCAGGUAACUUGUACCUACCUACCACAGCAGACACUGCCAGUACUCAAUUACAGUUGCUACUGUGGGGGUCUCUACUCUGGAACACAUACUGUUCAUCUACAGUGUAUUGCCAAAAACCACUCAACAACUUCAAACAUAGACUCUCUCUCUCUCUCAUACACACACACACACACACACACACACACACACACACACACACACACACACACACACAAACAAACAAACUGUGCCGUAAUUAGAAUCCAUAGAGCAGCUUUAAGUGAUACAGUCUACUGUGUGCUCACCCCUCCUCUGCCUCUCUCCAUCGCUUUCUCUGUGUUGUCUGUUGCUGUCUCUCUUGUCUGCCCUCUUCUGUUGCUGUCUCUUAGUAUUAUAUGUUGCUGAUUCUUGUCUACCCUCCUCUCUCGUCCUGUCCUGGUUGUAAAAACUGUAAAAGUAAACAAGUUUUUAAUAGUAUUUUCAAAUUCUUUGUAAACCAUGUUUUACUUUUUCACUGUCUGUAUUUCACCUGUUAUAAUUUGUGCAAAUAAAUACAACUAAUUAGAAUCUAUAGAGCAGCUUGAAGUGAUACAGUCCACCUCUGUACUCUCUCCAUCUGCCCUCUUCUGUCUCUUUCUCUGUGUCUUGUCUGUUGCUGUCUGUGUCUUGUCUGUUGCUGUCUCAGGUUCUUCUUUGUUACUUUCUCCUUUGUCUAUCCUUUUCUGUUAUGGCCUAUUCUGUUAUUCUGGUGUCUCUAGCCAUCAUAUCCUAUUCUGUUGCGGUCUCUGUGUCUUGUCUGGUGUCUUUCUCCAGCACCUAUUAUUCUGUUGCUGUCUUUGUGUGUUGUCUCUCUCCAUCAUAUCCUACUAUUCUGUUGCUGUCUCUGUGUCUUGUCUGGUUUCUCUCUCCAUCAUCUACUCUUCUGUUUGUUUUGGGCCUGUGUCUGGGACACCUAAAUCAUCCUCUUCCCUACCAUUUGCCCCUGGCUGCUCCUGUUCUAAGUGCUCCACUGGCCUGCUGUUCUCAUUUGUCCUCGUCCUUGGCUCAUCUGAAAGGUCUCAAGGUAGAGGUGCAACAUGUCAUUAGUUAGUUUUAAAGGGCGACUGCACUUCCUGAUUUGGCCUCAUUUUAGAUUUGGUUUAUUAAGAAAUGUAAGCGGCCAUGACUGAAUUCAAAUGUGAGUUGGUUUCGGGGUGUGGUUUGAUGUGGGUGUCUCCUGUGUGUGUUCGCAGGUGGGAAGAGUUAGCCAAAUUAUUUAGCCAAUUAGCUUUAACCGGCUGGUGUGCACCCUGACUGACUUUGGAUAGCCUAUCUCCGGGGCAAGUUAGGGACCGUCAAUAAAUUACAUAAUGUAAAUGAGACAAUAUUUUCAUGUUGCACACCUUUUCAUUUUUUCUCAUUAAAUGCUUUAUAUAUUUAUGUACGAAUUUCUGAAAUGUAUAGUUGGUUUGAGGUUUUUAAGUAAUUGAAAUUUGGAGCUAUUGGAAUUUUUACAUAUUGUCCCAUGUACAUUUUGUAAUUUACCAAUGGUCUCUAACUAGCCCCAUAGGGAUAUCCAAAGUUAACCCAAAUUUACCACAGGCAUGUGCAGCUCCACUCCGAAUUUAUGAUUACUUUUUUGCUGCCAGCUGUGGGCAUGUGGGCAGGAUUGAAACAAACCCAACCUUAAUUUAUGCAGUCACGACCACAAGUCUCACAAAACUCUGUUUUGGACGAGACUGAUUUUUUUGUCAAUUUUGACAGUAGAAUAAAUGUUUCUGACUCAUAUCAAUGCCACAUAGGCUGUUUUCUAAAUGAGAAGUUGUUUUUUAGGGGCAGUUGCUCGUUAAAGUUACUGUAUACUGACAGGACCAGGGCAACUCUACUGUAAAGAAAAAUUCAAGUGUCCUCAUAACAGCACAAUACAACUCCAAUGUGGGUACGCAGACCCACGAGCAACUGAGGCCCCAUAUGAUGCCCAUCAUUGCCCUAGACUAUAUGAAUAUAAAGAGACAUGAGCCAAAAAAAAUACCUGUAGAAUGGAAUAAGCUACAGUGAGGGAAAAAAGUAUUUGAUCCCCUGCUGAUUUUGUACGUUUGCCCACUGACAAAGACAUGAUCAGUCUAUAAUUUUAAUGGUAGAUUUAUUUGAACAGUGAGAGACAGAAUAACAACAAAAAAAUCCAGAAAAACGCAUGUCAAAAAUGUUAUAAAUUGAUUUGCAUUUUAAUGAGGGAAAUAAGUAUUUGACCCCUCUGCAAAACAUGACUUAGUACUUGGUUGCAAAACCCUUGUUGGCAAUCACAGAGGUCAGACGUUUCUUGUAGUUGGCCACCAGGUUUGCACACAUCUCAGGAGGGAUUUUGUCCCACUCCUCUUUGCAGAUCUUCUCCAAGUCAUUAAGGUUUCGAGCCUGACGUUUGGCAACUCAAAUCUUCAGCUCCCUCCACAGAUUUUCUAUGGGAUUACGGUCUGGAGACUGGCUAGGCCACUCCAGGACCUUAAUGUGCUUCUUCUUGAGCCACUCCUUUGUUGCCUUGGCCGUGUGUUUUGGGUCAUUGUCAUGCUGGAAUACCCAUCCACGACCCAUUUUGAAUGCCCUGGCUGAGGGAAGGAGGUUCUCACCCAAGAUUUGACGGUACAUGGCCCCGUCCAUCGUCCCUUUGAUGCGGUGAAGUUGUCCUGUCCCCUUAGCAGAAAAACACCCCCAAAGCAUAAUGUUUCCACCUCCAUGUUUGACGGUGGGGAAGGUGUUCUUGGGGUCAUAGGCAGCAUUCCUCCUCCUCCAAACACGGCGAGUUGAGUUGAUGCCAAAGAGCUCCAUUUUGUUCUCAUCUGACCACAACAUUUUCACCCAGUUCUCCUCUGAAUCAUUCAGAUGUUCAUUGGCAAACUUCAGACAGCCCUUUAUAUGUGCUUUCUUCAGCAGGGGGACCUUGCGGGUGCUGCAGGAUUUCAGUCCUUCACGGCAUAGUAUGUUACCAAUUGUUUUCUUGGUGACUAUGGUCUCAGCUGCCUUGAGAUCAUUGACAAGAUCCUCCUGUGUAGUUCUGGGCUGAUUCCUCACCGUUCUCAUGAUCAUUGCAACUCCACGAGGUGAGAUCUUGCAUGGAGCCCCAGGCCGAGGGAGAUUGACAGUUCUUUUGUGUUUCUUGCAUUGCAUCGCACCAACUGUUGUCACCUUCUCACCUAGCUGCUUGGCGAUGGUCUUGUAGCCCAUUCCAGCCUUGUGUAGGUCUACAAUCUUGUCCCUGACAUCCUUGGAGAGCUCUUUGGUCUUGGCCAUGGUGGAGAGUUUGGAAUCUGAUUGAUUGAUUGCUUCUGUGGACAGGUGUCUUUUAUACAGGUAACAAACUGAGAUUAGGAGCACUCCCUUUAAGAGUGUGCUCCUAAUCUCAGCUCGUUACCUGUAUAAAAGACACCUGGGAGCCAGAAAUCUUUCUGAUUGAGAGGGGGUCAAAUACUUAUUUCCCUCAUUAAAAUGCAAAUCAAUUUAUAAAAUUUUUGACAUGCGUUUUUCUGGAUUUUUUUGUUGUUAUUCGGUCUCUCACUGUUCAAAUAAAACUACCAUUAAAAUUAUAGACUGAUCAUUUCUUUGUCAGUGGGCAAACGUACAAAAUCAGCAGGGGAUCAAAUACUUUUUUCCCUCACUGUGUAAGACCUUGUCAGUUCUACUAGCUAAUGUGUGAUUUUUAGAUUACAUAACAUUUGAGGACACAUAACUUAAGGGCCUACAUAUUUUCAAUGUUUUGUUCACCUACAAUCUAACCACAAAGCAGGUUAUAUUUUCCCCUCUUUUUCUGGCUUCCCUCCCCAUUCCCUUCCAAGUUCAAGUUAGUUUUUUUUGUCACAUACAUGUGGAGUACAAUGCUUUCUUGCAGGUUAACCUCUCAGCAAUGCAGCAACAAUAUAAAAAGUAAGUAGCUAAGUGAAUAAGAAGAGUAAUACAAAUAAAAGCUCAAUUAAAUAAUUUCAUCAAUUUAAUAAUGGGCAGUUUUUUACAAAUAGUUAAAAAGCCUAUAUGGAAAAACAGACAUGAGCCAAACAUGUUUACCUGUAGAAUGGAAUAGGUUAUAAGACCUCUACGAUUAAUUUAAUUUAGUCAGUUCUACCACCUCAACAUUGCUCAAUUUAAACAGGGGUAGCCUUUCCUGCAGUUGAAUAACCAAAGCGCCCCCUAGUGGCCUCAUGGGUGGGAUGUUAUUCAUAUUUUUCAUAAUUUCAUAAUUAAUAAACAUACACUACCAGUCAAAAGUUUGGACACACCUACUCAUUCAAGGGUUUUUCUUUAUUUUUACAUUGUAGAAUAAUAGUGAAGACUUCAAAACUAUGAAAUAACACAUAUGGAAUGAUGUAGUAACAAAAAAGGGUUGAACAAAUAUUUUAUAUUUUAUAUUCUUCAAAUAGCCACACUUUGCCUUGAUGACAGCUUUGCACACUCUUGGCAUUCUCUCAACCAGCUUCAUGAGGUAGUCACCUGGAAUGAAUUUCAAUUAACAGGUGUGCCUUCUUAAAAGUUAAUUUGUGGAAUUUCUUUCCUUCUUAAUGUAUUUGAGCCAAUUAGUUCUGUUGUGACAAGGUAGAGGUGGUAUACAGAAGAUAGCCCUAUUUGGUUAAAUACCAAUAUAAUGGCAAGAACAGCUCAAAUAAGCAAAGAGAAACAACAGUAUAUUACUUUAAGACAUGAAGGUCAGUCAAUACAGAACAUUUCAAGAACUUUAGAUUCUUCAAGUGCAGUCGCAAAAACCAUCAAGCGCUAUGAUGAAACUGGCUCUUACUUAAUACUUAUUUUCCACCAUAAUUUGCAAAUAAAUUCAUUAAAAAUCCUACAAUGUGAUUUUCUGGAUAUUUUUUUCUCAUUUUGACUGUCAUAGUUGACGUGUACCUAUGAUGAAAAUUACAGGCCUCUCUCAUCUUUUUAAGUGGGAGAACUUGCACAAUUGGUGGCUGACUUAAUACUUUUUUCCCCCACUGUACAUGAUUCAAUAUGUGUUAUUUCAUAGUUUUGAUGUCUUCACUAUUAUUCUACAAUGUAGAAAAUAGUAAAAAUAAAGAAAAACCCUGGAAUGAGUAGGUGUGUCCAAACUUUUGACUGGUACUGUAUACAGUGGGGAGAACAAGUAUUUGAUACACUGCCGAUUUUGCAGGUUUUCCUACUUACAAAGCAUGUAGAGGUCUGUAAUUUUUAUCAUAGGUACACUUCAACUGUGAGAGACGGAAUCUAAACAAAAAUCCAGAAAAUCACAUUUUUAAGUAAUUAAUUUGCAUUUUAUUGCAUGACAUAAGUAUUUGAUCACCUACCAACCAGUAAGAAUUCCGGCUCUCACAGACCUGUUAGUUUUUCUUUAAGAAGCCCUCCUGUUCUCCACUCAUUACCUGUAUUAACUGCACCUGUUUGAACUCCUGUUAUUUCAGCUUUUUAUUUCUUUCAUCACAUUUCCCAGUGGUUCAGAAGUUUACAUACACUCAAUUAGUAUUUGGUAACAUUGCCUUUCAAUUGUUUAACUUGGAUCAAAUGUUUCGGGUAGCCUUCCACAAGCUUCCCACAAUAAGUUGGGUGAAUUUUGGCCCAUUCCUCCCGACAGAGCUGGUGUAACUGAGUCAGGUUUGUAGGCCUCCUUGCUCGCACACGCUUUUUCAGUUCUGCCCACACAUUUUCUAUAGGAUUGAGGUCAGGGCUUUGCGAUGACCACUCCAAUACCUUGACUUUGUUGUCCUUAAGCCAUUUUGCCACAACUUUGGAAGUAUGCUUGGGGUCAUUGUCCAUUUGGAAGACCCAUUUGCGACCAAGCUUUAACUUCCUGACAGAUGUGUUGAGAUGUUGCUUCAAUAUAUCCACAUAAUUUUCCUUCCUCAUGAUGCCAUCUAUUUUGUGAAGUGCACCAGUCCCUCCUGCAGCAAAGCACCCCCACAGCAUGAUGCUGCCAACCCCGUGCUUCACGGUUGGGAUGGUGUUUUUCGGCUUGCAAGCACCCCCUUUUUCCUCCAAACAUAACAAUGGUCAUUAUGGCCAAACAGUUCUAUUUUUGUUUCAUCAGACCAGAUUACAUUUCUCCAAAAAGUACGAUAUUUGUCCCCAUGUGCAGUUGCAAACCGUAGUCUGGCUUUUUUAUGGCGGUUUUGGAGCAGUGGCUUCUUCCUUGCUAAGUGGCCUUUCAGGUUAUGUCGAUAUAGGACUCGUUUUACUGUGGAUAAAGAUACUUUUGUACCUGUUUCCUCCAGCAUCUUCACAAGGUCCUUUGCUGUUGUUCUGGGAUUGAUUUGCACUUUUCGCACCAAAGUACGUUCAUCUCUAGGAGACAGAACGCGUCUCCUUCCUGAGCGGUAUGACGGCUGCGUGGUCCCAUGGUGUUUAUACUUGCGUAUAGUUGUUUGUACAGAAGAACGUGGUCCCUUUGGAAAUUGCUCCCAAGGAUGAACCAGACUUGUGGAGGUCUACAAUUUUUUUCUGAGGUCUUGGCUGAUUUAUUUUGAUUUUCCCAUGAUGUCAAGCAAAGAGGCACUGAGUUUGAAGGUAGGCCUUCAAAUACAUCCACAGGUACACCUCCAAUUGACUCAAAUGAUGUAAAUUAGCCUAUCAGAAGCUUCUAAAGCCAUGACAUCAUUUUCUGGAAUUUUCCAAGCUGUUUAAAGGCACAGUCAACUUAGUGUAUGUAAACUUCUGACCCACUGGAAUUGUGAUACAGUGAAUUAUAAGUGAAAUAAUCUGUCUGUAAACAAUUGUUGGAAAAAUUACUUGUGUCAUGCACAAAGUAGAUGUCCUAACUGACUUGUCAAAACGAUAGUUUGUUAAGAAGAAAUUUGUGGAGUGGUUGAAAAACGAGUUUUAAUGAUUCCAACCUAAGGGUAUGUAAACCUCUGACUUCAACUGUAUGUACAUAUCUACCUCAAUUACCUUGUACCCCUGCACAUCGACUCGGGACUGGUACCCCUUGUAUAUAACCAAGUUAUCGUUACUCAUUGUGUAUCUAUUGUUACUUUUAUUAUGACGUGUUUUACUUUUCUGUUAUUUUUCAAUUUUUCUUUCUCUCUGCAUUGUUGGGAAGGGCCCGUAAGUAAACAUUUCACUGUUAGACCACACCUGUUGUUUACAAAGCAUGUGACAAAUAACAUUUGAUUUGACCUAGCCUCAGAAUCACCCAGAUAUUCUUAAAGUCAAAAGGAAUCACCUUUUGCAUAUGAUUAAAGAGCUGCCCUCUUCCUGAUGUUUUUAUUCUUAUUGUGUUUCCUUAGGAAGAGCUGGGGCAAAGAAGAGAUACAUUGGUGUGAGGAUGAUGACACUCACCCCAGCGUAAGUAGAUCCUUAUUAACUGGUCAUACUUGUAAUGAAAAGGAUAAAGAUGGGACUUUUUCUUUUGUCAACUCCCGAUAAAUACAAUGAAAGACUUGAGACUGUGAAUGUGUGCACUAAACUGGAGAAUGCAGUUAUCCAAAGCUGUCAAAAAUAAUGUAUUUGAACUGGGCCUGGUGAACUGCAUUUUAGUUGGAUACAGACAACUAAGCACUUUUUCCUAAUGGGUUACUUAAUUUCUUCCCUUUCACUCUCUAGGUUGACCAAGGAGCUAAAGGUGCGACACAAAGACUUCCCUGAUAUCACAUCUGGAGCGUACGUCAUGGAGGUGAUCUCCAAAACACCGGCCGCAGCGUAAGUACAAACUAACAGGGAAAGAAAGUACAAACACACUCCAUCUCACCAAUAGUAUGAGUUUCUUAUGAGUGUGAGGACAAGUUGUCUGACUUUUUCUGUGCUAAGGGAUACUGUAUGUACAUGUUUCAAAUGUAUAUAGACCAUCAACGCCCAACUCUCCCCACACAAACCCACUUACAUUCACACACACUCUCUCUCCCAUUUUCACGUGCAGAUGCACACACACAGACACACAACCCCCCUUAGUAAAACAUUGAUUGUUCACCCACUCAAAUAUCCUCCCCUCCCACAUCCUCAGCAGCACAUUCAGUGUGGUCAACUCUGGUGACCACAGUUCUACCAGAGAAGGGUUGUGGCUGGAGAGACGCUGAGGUCAGCUAUUCCCUUCAUCCCUCAAGUAGCAAGGGGUUUGCUGUGGUUUUCCUGGUCCCACUCACCCAGCCCUAGUUCUCCUAUUAGGCCCUCUGUGUCUCAUUGGUGGUGUAAGUGUUAGUCCUGUUUGCCUGAGUACUAUGAGGGGAAUAUGGAAGUAUUAUAGUUGGUGGUAGGCGGCCCCUGUUCACAUGUGAGUGUGAUCAGAGAGUAGUUGUGUGAAAGUGGAGGCUUUGAUAUCACUUCUGGUAACCACUCCAUUCUUUGUGUAAUUUGGUUUUACUAGAUUUCUAUUCUGGGUGUGUUUGGUCUGUGAGAGUGUGUUGCACAAAGCACUCUCCGCUGACUAAUUAUUGUGGUCCGGAUGAAGGAUACAUGUAUGUGAAAAGGGUCGAUUUGUUGUUGUUGUUAUUUAGCAGACUCUUAUCCAGAGCCACUUACAGGAGCAAUUAGGGUUAAGUGCCUUGCUCAAGGGCACAUUGACAGAUUUAUCACCUAGUCGGCUCGGGAUUUGAACCAGCGACCUUUCGGUUACUGGCCAAACGCUCUUAACCGCUAGGCUACCUGCCGCAGUUUAUUUCAGUGCCUUCUAACUAUUUGUCCAGCACUACAAAAUAAGACAUCAAAUAUUGUGUGAAACCUUCUAACAAGAAAUGUAAAGGCAACAAUGGCCAAUGGAAUCCAUUCCUAGCUGAAUGUCGGUGCAAUAAAGAGCAAUCAUGAAUCUAUACCUUGAAAUAACAAUCUUAUUGUUAUAGCUAACCGUUCUAUCCAGCAUGUUUGUUGCUGUAGUUCUCAUUCUGUUGUGUUCUUCCUCUCUUAGUGGCGGUCUGAAGGAGCAUGAUGUCAUCAUCUCCAUCAAUGGCCAGCGGAUUUCCUCUGCAACCGACGUCAGCACCAUCAUCAAGAAGGACACCACGCUGCAGGUGGUGGUGCGCCGUGGUAACGAGGAUGCCAUAAUCACCAUCGUUCCCAUGGAGAUCGACCCCUGA